GGUUGGCGUGAGGAAAAACAGAUGACGAAACACGGAAGUUAACAUGUGUUACUAUUCCAGUCGGGUUUAAUGUAACGCAGAGUGAGCCGAUUCCAUUUUAACAACAACUUUGAAGUAAUUGUUGAGAGAAACAACCACUGUCGGAAUCUCUUGAGGGAUUAAACGGCAAGGAAAUGAAACGGUUUAUUACCGUUGUGUUGCAGUUUUUCUUGGUGGGGCACACCAAAAGUUGGGAUAGCGACAGUGUGCUGCUGCGGGACGUCCAGGUGUUGAGUCUGUACAGGGAUCGCUACACCACAGCGAGGCGCUCUAGCCCCGUACUGCAGCUCCAGUGUGUAGGAGGCUCAGCUGGCUGCCAGACCUACGUCCCAGAGGUGGUCCAGUGCCAGAACAAAGGUUGGGAUGGAGUGGAUGUACAGUGGGAGUGUAAGACUGAUAUGGAUAACGCGUACCGAUUUGGUCGCAUUGAGGUGAGCUGUGAGGGCUACAGCCACCCUGCUGACGCCUACAUACUAAAGGGCUCCUGUGGGCUGGAGUACACACUGGAACUGACUGAAGAGGGCCGGAGAAGGACUCAAGGCAGCUGGGGUUCCCAAGGUGGAUUCAAGGGAUUUGGAGGCUUUGCAUCCAGUUUCUUCAGCAGUUUCUCUGGAAACAAGAAUCAACAUCACCAGCAGAGCCGUCAGAGCUCGUUCCCAUCAGGCAGCGAGGACUCUGGAGGCCUGCUGGUGCUCGCUGUACUACUGCUUCUAGCCUAUGGUGUCUACAAGCUGUUCUUCAGUGGGAACACGGCCCAGUGGGGGCAGGAGGGCGGACACACUGGUUACCCAAGAGAUAAUCCCCAUGGCUCCAAUGCAGGACCCCCACCCCCAGGAUUUAAACCUGACUUCACAGGCUACCCUGGUGCCAAUCCAGGCUACGGUUUCCACAGUGAUUACACACAUGGACAACAGUACCCACGAGGCCGAGCUGCGCCCGGUGCAGGUGGAGGCUUCUGGACUGGCAUGGGGACAGGAGGUGUGCUGGGAUAUCUUUUUGGCCAGAGAAGCCAGUCCUACAACUACAACUCCUCCACUUACACUGACAGCAGACCCACUCCUGCUGGAGGCUCAUCCUCUUCCUCUGGGACACGCACUGCUUCAGGUUUUGGAGGAACCAAGAGAAGAUAAGCUGUGGAGGUGGACAGAUUCUCUACAAUGGACGACUCUGGCAAAUGAAACUGGUGCGGUGAGAACAGAUGAGCUGCCGGCGUAAGCACCAUAAGAGGAGAUGAACUUGUCCAAAAGAAAUGCUACUUGCUACUCAGCUCUCUGUUCCUCUAGAGGUGUCUUUGAUGUCAGCUACUCACAGUGAACAUGUAGUUUGCAACUUUUGCAUUCACAAAAAAAAGACAGAUGUGCAUAAAAUAAUCUCUUGUCCGGCUCUGUGCUGCAUCAUAGUAACUGCAGUGAACAGAGCCAUGACUGAAAUGAUUUUGGUAAAUCAGUGAAGUCAGGGAAACACAUGGUUUUUGUACAUGAGUCUCAUCAGUGCUAUAUUUGCCCUUACCUGCUGUCCCUCAUACCUUUUGCAUUAUAUUUCAGUGAAUAAACUCUGUUUACAUGUGUGUG